AGGGUACCAGGGUUGAUAGUAUCAAAGGCUGUUGAGAGGUUAAGCAGAGCAAGGAUGAUUGCACUACUCCCAUCCUGCUCUUGCUAGCGAACAACAAGAGUUUAACCAGGUCUGAAUCUUGAUUGAAAGGGGUCCAGAUAAUCUCUUUCAUAGUUAGGAAACAAUAUAGAUUGUUCUUAUUUAAGAACUGCUUAUACAGUGAUAACUUGCAACCAAUCCUCAAAUUUGAAAACCCCUGCAUAUCUAUAAAGCAAAAAAAAAGCUGAAGAAAGAUCAUAAGCACAGAAGUGCUUUCUUUUGGCCAACCCCAUUACUUAAUGAUCAUUGCCAGCCCCAACUAUGUUCACUAAAUGAGGACUACUUGUAGCAGGAACAGUUUUUAGCUACAAUGCAAUCAAUGACCAAUUAGACUUCAAGACAGUCCUCUAAUGUCACAAUUAUUCAUGUUUAUGCUCUAACCCAGGGGUGUCAAACUAGAUUUCUUCGAGGGCCAGAUCAGCAUUGUAGUUCUCCGCAGCAUAUGAUGAAUGGUUGCAAGAACUGGGUAUGUCUAGUUUAAUAAAGAGAGGAACUAGGGAUGACAUGAUAGCAGUCUAUUAAUAUUUGAGAGGCUGUUAAAAAGAACAGGGGGUCAACCUAUUCUUCAAAGCACCUGAGGGCAGGGCAAGAAGUAACAGAUGGAAGCUUAUUAAGGAGAGAUCCAACCUAGAACUAAGGAGAAAUUUCCUGUCAGUGACAAUAAUUAAUCAGUGGACAAGCUUGCCUGUUGAAGUUGUCUGCUCUAUCCUAAGGUUUUAAAGAAAAGAUUGGACAACCCUUAGUCCUGAAUGGCAUAGACAAGUCUCCUGCUUAAGCAUGGGGUUGGACUAAGACCCCCAGCAUCCCUUCCAAUUCUCUUAUUCUGUAAUUCAUUAAAACUAGCUCUCUUGAAAAAUUUAUAACGUGAUAGAAGGAAGACAACAUCAAGGCAGAUAAAUUUGAUUAUAAAAGCAAUGGUUGCACUUUUGGAAGACCCAUGGGCCCCAGUUGCAGACCAAGCAUGGAGAAGAGUCUACCUACUGACAUCAAUUUUAUGGCACAUCAGUAAUUUUGGAUUUAUUCAUAUCUUUCCUGUAAUGAUACACCCCUUAUUAGUUCCAAGGCAUAUUAUGAUGACACAUCCAAGGCAAAACUAGACAGCCAAUUUGGUACUAGACUAGAAACUGGGAUACUUUGAAGUAUUAGUCCACUUUGAGCAUGAAGCCAGCUAGGUGACUUUACUCCAGUCACUUUGUCUCUGUCCAGAGAAGGCAAUAGCAAAUCACUUCUGAAAAUGUUACCCAGAAAGCUGCAAGGACUUAUUCAAGCAAAUGCCAAUACAGGUAACCCUCAACUAACAACCACAAUUGAGCCCAAAAUUUGUUAUUGAGUUUUGUCUUAUUUUACAACAUUUCUUGCCACAGUUGUUAAGUGAAUCACUGCAGUUGAUAAGUUAGUAAACUGGUUGUUAAGUGAAUCUGGCUUCCCCAUUGACUUUGUCAGAAGGUUGGAAAAAGUGAUCACAUAACCCUGGAACAAUCAUGUCAGUUGCCAAGCACCUGAAUUUUGAUCACAUGACCAGGGGGAUGCUACAAAGGUUGCAACUGAAAAAAACGGUCAUGUCACUUUUUUCAGUGCUGUUGUAACUUUGAACGGUCACUAAAUGAGCUGUUUUAAAUCGAGGACUACUUGUAGACAGGGCUGACUUGAACACAUCCCAAAAAAUCCCCAAAACUACUUUAGGCAGUCUCCGCUGGAAUCCUUAAAAUGAAAAUAAUAUUGCAGUUUUCACCAAUUCUAAAAUAAUAAUAAUCUUAAUGCUGAAUUGGAACACACAGAAUCAGAAAAAAUAAAUUUAAAGGUGUGUUUUCCCACACAUUUAAAUUCUAAAGUAGCCAUCUACAGCUAUUGGCAAGCAACAACGCUAGGAAAAAGGCCCGAUUUUAACGUAUCUGAAAGGGUGAAGGUUUUGAAAGUGUUCGUAACCCUACCGUCCACAUAACUGGAGACUUAACUACCCUAUUCAAAGUUGAGGCCUACCUGGGCCCGCAACUACACUCCAUGCCUAACUAAGAUUAGGAGAAACAAUACGUCACUUCCAGGGAGGUCCCGUUGGAAUAGCACUCUCGCGACUCUUUCCUUGAGCUUCGCGCGAGAACUGCUAACUCACGCUAGUUUCUGGGAGCCGAAAGCACUCGGCAAUUUCCGUCACUGUCAGACUCAACCAAUCGAGUGAUAAGCGAAUCGUUUCUGGAUUACUUCUUUUGGGUUCUGUACUGGGACCGAGCACGGGAUAUGAACUUAAGGUCCGCAUAAAAGUUGCGGCGAAGCCCAUUGGGGAAUGUCGGUGUGUCUCUGCUCAGAGCACUAGCUGCGGGUGCCGCUUUCGAUUAUUCUGGCCUGGCUAUGGCGCCUCUCCUCCCCCCCGCCAUGGCUCCCCGUGUCCCUGCUCCUCUCCUCUCAGUGAGCGAAAGUGGCCGCCGCCGCCGUCCCAGCGCCCGCAGCCGCCGCCUCCUUCUCAGCAGCAAUAGCGCGGCCGCCAUCUUGUCGAAGCAGAAGUCGAGGGCGCCGCGGCAGGACACAGGCAGCGCCAACGCAGCAAGGGGCGAGAAGCCGGGAGGGAAAAGCGGGGCGGACAACUCAAGUCCUACUCACGGCCUAAGCCGAGCUACGCACGCAGCUGUGCGUUAGGAGACAUCUUUGCAUGAAGAGAGACUUGUUCUAUGGCCUCAGAGCUGGGUUCAGGAGAGGAUGGCAACUGCACAGAGCUGGCAACACCUCUCUAUCUGCGGUAUUUGGAGAAAGCUCUGCGAUUGGAUCACUUUUUACGACAGACUUCUGCCAUCUUCAACAGGACUGCAUCCAGUGAUGAAAGUGAGGAUGGAUUGGAUGACAAUCCUUUGCUUCCUCAGCCUGGGAGUCCCUUGAUGCAAGUGAAAGAAGAGCCGGCAACCUCAUUGCUUGGAGAACCUUCUGGAGCAGGAAGUUCAGGAAUGUUAAACACACAUUCACUCAAUGGAGUGUUACAAUCUGAGCCAAAAACAGAAAAAGGGAGUCUAUAUAACUUUUCCAAAUUGAAGAAAAGCAGAAAAUGGCUAAAGAGCAUUCUUCUGAGUGAUGACUCCAGUGACAGUGAAUCAGUUACUGAUGAAGAUGGGGAAGGAGAAGAAUUCACUCUUUCAAGAGAAGAACUUCACAAUAUGCUGCGAUUGCACAAGUACAAAAAACUGCAUCAAAAUAAAUACAGCAAAGAUAAAGAGUUACAGCAGUAUCAGUAUUACAGUGCAGGUUUGAUGUCUACAUAUGAUCCUUAUUAUGAGCAACAGCGUCAUCUCAUAGGGCCAAAGAAAAAGAAGUUGAAAGAAGAAAAAAAAUUAAAAGCAAAAUUGAAAAAGGUGAAAAAAAAGAAAAGAAGGGAUGAAGACAUUUCGUCUGAGGAGUCACCACGACGUCAUCACCACCAGAUCAAAGUUUUUGCCAAGUUUUCUCAUGAUACCCCUCCACCAGGGUCUAAGAAAAAGCAUUUAUCCAUUGAACAAUUAAAUGCACGCCGCAGAAAAGUAUGGCUGAGCAUUGCUAAAAAGGAAGUGCCCAAGGCAUACAAGCAAAAAGUCUCUGCCCGAAAUUUAUUCUUGAGUAAUAGCAGAAAGCUGGCUCACCAGUGUAUGAGAGAAGUGCGUCGAGCAGCUCUGCAAGCCCAAAAGAAUUGCAAGGAGACUCUACCAAGGGCACGUCGGCUUACAAAGGAGAUGCUUCUGUAUUGGAAAAAAUAUGAAAAAGUGGAAAAAGAGCAUCGCAAAAGAGCAGAGAAAGAAGCACUGGAACAGCGCAAAUUGGAUGAGGAGAUGAGAGAAGCUAAAAGACAGCAGAGAAAACUUAACUUCCUGAUAACCCAAACGGAGUUGUAUGCCCACUUCAUGAGCCGCAAGCGAGAUACAGGACAUGAUGGAAUGCAGGAAGAAAUUCUGAGGAAACUUGAAGAUAGUUCUAUCCAGAGACAGAUUGAUAUUGGUGGAGGAGUUGUUGUCAACAUUACUCAAGAGGAUUAUGAUAGUAACUAUUACAAGGUUCAGGCUUUGAAGAAUGCUGAAGAUGCUUUUCGGAUUCAUCAGGCCCAAACCAGGUCUUUUGAUGAAGAUGCUAAGGAGAGCCGAGCAGCUGCACUUCGAGCUGCCAAUAAAUCUGGCACUGGCUUUGGAGAGAGCUACAGCCUUGCCAACCCUUCCAUCCGGGCAGGAGAGGACAUUCCACAGCCUACCAUUUUCAAUGGCAAAUUAAAAGGUUACCAAUUGAAAGGCAUGAAUUGGCUAGCCAACCUUUAUGAGCAGGGCAUCAAUGGUAUCCUAGCAGAUGAAAUGGGGCUGGGUAAAACUGUGCAGAGUAUUGCCUUAUUAGCGCAUCUGGCUGAGAGAGAGAACAUCUGGGGCCCCUUUUUAAUUAUUUCACCAGCUUCCACAUUAAACAACUGGCAUCAGGAGUUCGCCAGAUUUGUUCCAAGAUUUAAGGUGCUACCAUAUUGGGGAAAUCCCAAUGACCGAAAAGUGAUCAGGAAAUUCUGGAGUCAGAAGACUUUGUAUACUCAGGAUGCUUCUUUCCACGUGGUGAUCACCAGUUACCAACUUGUAGUCCAAGAUGUCAAAUAUUUUCAGCGGGUGAAAUGGCAAUAUAUGGUGUUGGAUGAAGCACAGGCACUCAAGAGUAGCUCCAGCGUCCGCUGGAAAAUUUUACUUCAGUUCCAAUGUCGAAACCGACUAUUGCUGACUGGAACACCCAUCCAAAACACUAUGGCUGAGCUCUGGGCUUUGCUUCAUUUCAUUAUGCCAACAUUGUUUGACUCCCACGAAGAGUUCAAUGAAUGGUUUUCUAAAGAUAUUGAAAGCCAUGCGGAAAAUAAAUCUGCCAUUGAUGAGAAUCAACUGUCACGUUUGCACAUGAUCCUGAAACCUUUUAUGUUGAGAAGAAUCAAGAAAGAUGUGGAAAAUGAACUGUCAGACAAGAUCGAGAUUCUAAUGUAUUGCCAGCAAACCAGUCGACAGAAAUUAUUAUAUCAGGCUCUGAAGAAUAAGAUUUCAAUUGAUGACCUUUUACAAUCCUCCAUGGGCACUACUCAGCAAGCCCAAAAUACUACCAGUAGCCUCAUGAACCUUGUCAUGCAGUUCAGGAAGGUCUGCAAUCAUCCAGAGCUCUUUGAGCGACAAGAAACAUGGUCUCCGUUUCACAUUUCACUAAAGCCAUAUCAGAUUUCAAAGUUUCUCUAUCGUCAUGGGCAGAUCAGGGUGUUUAACCAUUCACGGGACAGGUGGUUGCAGUUUUUACUUUCUCCUUUUGCACCAGACUAUAUUCAACAGUCUCUGUUCCAUAGAAGAGGUGCUGAGAAAGGGAGUUGUUUCUCUUUCCUACGGUUUAUUGAUGUUUCUCCAGCAGAAUUGGCAAACCUUAUGCAUAAAGGACACCUAGCCAGAUGGUUAGCUCUUUUCCUGUCUCUGAAAGCCGCCUACAGGCUCCACCACUUUCGAUUCUGGAAGGAGCCAGAAAAAGAAGACCAGCAUCAGUCUCGGUAUCUGAAGAAUCAAGAUUUUGUGCUGGAUGUCAGUUUCCCACUCUCCCCACUCAACUUGCACAGCUGCACUUUGCUGCAGGGCCUUGUAUUCACAAGCCACUGUAAAGCAGUAAUUGGCCACUCAGAUUGCAUUGUUCAUCAACAGCCAGCUACCUCAUGGAAACAGUAUUGUCAAAUCACAGAGCUGCCGUCCUUUCUGUCCGUUGUGAGCCCACGGGUAACAGCUGUUCCAUUGGAUUUCUAUUGCAAUGAUCGCAGUGCAGAGUAUGAGCGUAAAGCACUUAAAGAAGGAGGAACUCUUGAAGCAAAGCAAUGUGUGUUUUAUGGAGCGCCUGAACUUGUAACCAGUUGGCUAAAACGAUGCUCUCAGUUGUUUCCUGAAGCCCCAGGAGGAUUAUUGGGGCUCAAACCUCCAAACGGCUGGUCUUUCGUCAGGAUACCAGAUAAAGAGAGCUUGAUCACAGACAGUGGAAAGCUUUAUGCUCUUGAUGUUCUAUUGACAAGGCUAAAAUCUCAAGGACACAGAGUUCUUAUCUACUCUCAGAUGACACGGAUGAUUGACUUAUUGGAGGAAUAUAUGGUUUAUAGGAAGCAUACAUACAUGCGGCUAGAUGGCUCCUCGAAAAUUUCAGAAAGAAGAGAUAUGGUAGCUGACUUUCAGAACAGGAAUGAUAUUUUUGUUUUCUUACUAAGCACGAGAGCUGGUGGUUUAGGCAUUAAUCUUACAGCUGCUGAUACAGUCAUUUUCUACGAUAGUGACUGGAAUCCAACAGUGGAUCAACAGGCUAUGGAUCGAGCUCACAGGUUGGGUCAGACAAAACAAGUCACUGUGUAUCGACUGAUUUGUAAAGGCACUAUUGAGGAACGCAUCUUGCAAAGGGCUAAAGAAAAAAGUGAGAUUCAGAGGAUGGUGAUUUCAGGUGGCAAUUUCAAACCAGACACCUUGAAACCAAAGGAAGUUGUUAGUCUACUUCUGGAUGAUGAGGAACUUGAAAAAAAGUUGCGUCAGCGUCAGGAGGAGAAACGGCAACAGGAAGAAACAAAUCGCGUCAAAGAGCGUAAACGGAAAAGGGAAAAGUAUGCUGAAAAGAAAAAGAAGGAAGAUGAGUUAGAUGGGAGAAAAAGGAAAGAAGGCAUCAAUCUUGUGGUCCCGUUUGUUCCAUCUGCAGAUAAUUCAAAUCUUUCAGCUGAUGGUGAUGAGUCUUUUGUUAGUGUGGAGUCUGCCAUGCCCAGCCCUUUCAGUGAGAUUUCCAUCAACAGUGAGUUGCACAUGGGUUCCAUCCCCCCUGAUGAGAGCAGCAAUGACAUGCUUGUGAUUGUAGAUGAUCCAGCAUCUUCUGCACCUCAGUCAAGAGCUACCAACUCCCCAGCUUCCGUCACUGGCUCCGUCUCUGACAACAUGAAUGGAAUUUCAGUACAAGAUUUGCCUGUCACAGGAAGAGGUCAUUCGGGUAGAAGUCGAGGUCGGCCCAAAAAUACAAACAGUGGAUCCAAAAGCACAACAAAAAGUCGGAGCCGAAAAUCAACUGCAGGAAGUGCAGCUGCCAUGGCGGGAGCUAAAGCAGGAGCAGCUGCUGCCUCAGCUGCAGCCUAUGCAGCCUAUGGGUACAACGUGUCUAAAGGUAUGCCUUCAGGUAGCCCUCUCCAGACUCCACUUAUACGACCUGCUGGACUUUCAGAUUUUGGAUUAUCAAACGCGUCUUCCUCCUUGAGCAAAGGAAAUAGUGUUUGUGGAUCCUCUAAGAACUUAAGCUUAGCCAGUUCCUUGGCACCAGAAACCCCUAUUCGAAAACAAUAUAAAGGAGCCCAUAUUUCAGGUGGGCGGUAGUAAUUUUGAAUCCCUGGAACCUAUACGUGUUCACAUUGGCUUUCAAAGUAGCCCACGCCUACCAGCAAAAGGGUAUAUAGAUGAUGCCUUGUUUUCAUCCCAUGUGGGUGUGAAGAUUACUGCACUACUUGUCAAGAGGUGUUUUAUGUGCACUUUCAUGCAUAGUCCAGAUUUACUACCCUUUGCAGAAUUGUGAGGAAGAGGGUCUGAGACACGGGGAUGCUUGGGCUUAACUUUUCCAUUGAGGAUUUUUUUUUUGUAGCAUUCUACAAAUCAUGCAGGGAAAGAAUCCAACUUCUAUAUGGGACUGGCUGCAAGAUCUCCCCCUUCAUUCCUACUCAUACCAGCACCCUCUACCCUCAUCUUUCAGGUUUCAUGGAAUUCAGCUUGGUUUUAAAAUAAAGAGAUCAGCAUAUAAACUUUGGAGGUGCUCUGUAGAUUCAGAGGAACCUUCUGCUCUGCAUCUUUUGGAAGAAGCUGUGGAGAAAUAAUUGGAUGGUUCUAAUGUGAUGAAUAGUGAGAUACCAUAAAGAAUAGAAUUCAGGGAAAAGGAGAGUUUUGCACUGUGUUCUAAAAAGGAUCUUUUGUCAAUAUCAUGCAUCUGGAUUACUAGACUACUGUUUUAUUAGUCAGCCCAACAGUAAAACAGCUUAGAGCUCUUUGUUAAUGGCAUUGCCAGCUCUAUAAUCAUAGAGUGGGGGGAAAAAACUUUUAAGGUCAUAAUAUGCGGGAGUCAGAUUCAUCAACAUCUUUUAAGCUCCCUCACCUCCCAAAUGUGUUUAUAUGAGUUUAAAGGUUUUAAAAUAGAAUGACUCUAAACAAGAAUAAAUCUGAGAGAGAGAAAACAUCACUACUUCUCCUUUCAUUGUGCCAUAGAAAAGCUUUUGGAUGAUGAUUUAGGUACCACUGUUCACUGUAUUACACAAGAUGAGUAAUGCUGUUUUCUUUCCAUUCUGGUCCUAGUUAAAGUAAAACGUCAUUCAUUCCAAUUCAUUAUAUGUGUAUGCGCACACAGCUGGUCUUAUUUGUCAGCAGUGUCCACAUCCUUCAGUAGGGUUGGGUUGGAUUGUUCCACUGUGGUGAUCUGGCACUUGUUGAAUGCUCUGUAAAACUAGUGAAGUUGUGAGAGAUUAAUGAUGCCAUUUGUGCAACUUUGCUCUGGUACUCCAUUCUGAAUGCACAAGAGCCCUCUGCUUUAGCAUGAUAUGUAUACGGUCCUCAUUGCACUGAGAUGAAGGGGGGGGCAGUUCUCUUGCCUUCAUAUUGACAGUAAGUGGUUGUUGUUUUUUUCUGGGCAUUUCACCUUUCAAGGGAGAACCAGGUUACGAGGUGAAGAUCUUAGCUAAGUCAGCAAAGGAUUUUUCAGUCUCACGCACCUUGCCUGGCAUCCCUCAGUGUAGAGCAAGUGCUUCCUGUUGACUUUGCUUCUGAUUUGCACACCUGAAAAUAGCAGAAAUGAGUUCAGUUAGAUUGAUUUAAGAAAAAAAAAUUGGAGGGAUUAAUUGGGUGGGGAGGGAUAUUUAAGUUAAAUCAUGAAGAUUUUACCCCGCCACCCUCAGAUUCACAUGUGUAUAUACAGUGUUUAGAGGGAAUCAGAAAAAUGCCAAGCCUUUUUUUUCCUCUUUGAAUGUGCUGUCUAUUUUUAUAACUGAACUUGUAUAUAUGUAUAAAAAGAGACACAUCUUUCUUUUACUAACUGGAGAAAAGAAUCUUAAAUAAAAUGGAGCAAGAUAAUUUUAUGUAAAUUCUGCUUCUGUGGUUUAUUUGUUUCCGAGGAGAAAAUGAUCCGGUGAUGGAUAUAAGAGGAUUUCUGUUGUUGACUGCUGCUCUCUUAAAUGUACCUAAGAUAUUGUGUGUGGACUGCCUCAAAUACUUUGCAGCAGGGGUGAAAUCUAAAAAUUUUCCCUACCGGUUCUGUGGGCAUGGCUUAAUUGGUGGGCGUGGCUUGGUCAGAUGACUUGGUUGGGCGUGGCCAAUAACAAUAAAUAAUAAAAAUAAUAAAGUAUAAAAAAGAAGAGGUACCAAAAACCAACUUUCACACUUUACACCAACACAACACAACACAACACAACUGACUCACACACAAUGUAAAAGCAGCUGCAUUUCACACUUCACACAGCCACAAAAAGCUCAAAAACCAACUUUCACACUUUACACACAACACA